AUGAGAUUGGCCAAAAACAAUCCUCAGCUGACAACUUCAUGUCCGUCGAAUCCUUCUCCAAAACAUAUUAUGAUGGAGCGACCAUUUUCGACAGCGUUUGUCAGAAGCCCUCUCGAGGCUAUGGCAACUGGAAUAAGGUCAUCAAUGCCUGGGAUGCCUCUAGAAAGGAGUACAAUUGCUAGAAGCGAGCAGAACUACACUGCAAUAAAUAUAACUCAACAGACUGACAAUAUCUUUCAAUUUCGUUCCAAAAUCGAUCUGAAAGAUUCUCAAGAAUGGUCACAUGAAGAUAACAGGAUCAACAGUCAAAUUGUCAAUAAGAUGUUCUACUGA